CUGACCCCGCAUUGCUGAUCACAGGAGGAGCGGCCCCCCCACCACCGCUACAGGAAGGGGGGCUCUGUGGGCGGUGUGUGCUACCUGUCGAUGGGCAUGGUCGUGCUGCUCAUGGGCCUCGUCUUCGCCUCUGUCUACAUCUACAGAUACUUCUUCCUCGCCCAGCUGGCCCGGGACAACUUCUUCCACUGCGGCGUCUUCUACGAGGACUCCCUGUCCUCCCAGGCCCGCACGCGGAUGGAGCUGGAGGAGGACGUGAAGAUCUACCUCGAGGACAACUACGAGCGCAUCAACGUGCCCGUGCCCCAGUUUGGCGGCGGCGACCCCGCAGACAUCAUCCAUGACUUCCAGCGGGGUCUGACCGCCUACCAUGACAUCUCCCUGGACAAGUGCUACGUCAUCGAGCUCAACACCACCAUUGUGCUGCCCCCUCGAAACUUCUGGGAGCUCCUCAUGAACGUGAAGAGAGGGACCUACCUCCCACAGACGUACAUCAUCCAGGAGGAGAUGGUGGUCACAGAGCACGUCAGCGACAAGGAGGCCCUGGGCUCCUUCAUCUACCACCUGUGCAAUGGGAAGGACACCUACCGACUGCGGCGCAGGGCCACUCGGAGGCGGAUCAACAAGCGUGGGGCCAAGAGCUGCAAUGCCAUCCGCCACUUUGAGAACACCUUCGUGGUGGAGACGGUCAUCUGCGGGGUGGUGUGAAGGCCUCCGCCCGCCGGUCCCGCCCCUGCCGCUCCCCGCUCCCUCUCCCAGCUGCUCCCUGGCCCUCCUUCCCUCACUUAGCUUGUACUUUGGGCGCCUUUCCGUAGAUGUGACAUGUCUCCCUGUUCCUCUCCAGCCCUGCCCACCUCCCUGUACCAGAGCUGUGACCUCUCGAGGCCCCCACCUCUGCUGCCCUCCCCCACUCCCCCCCAGGUCUGGGGGACACGGGGUGCCCCAGGAUUGUUUCUGUGACCACCAAUUUGAAGUCGGGUCCUCCGGGGCCCAGCCCACAGCUGCACUGGCAGCCCAGGGGAAGUACUGGAUGGAGCAGCCGGGCAUGGGGGGCACUGGGUGAAGCGACAGGGCUGGGGGAAGGGUGUAGAGUGGGUUUCAGAAAUGUCCGCACAGUUGGGAGGGUCCCAGAUGCCUUCUGUGGUUGGCACACUUCCUCUGGCGUCCCAGGUCCGGGGCCUGGGCCAAGGCGGGGGUUCUGUGCCCAGGGGUGGACCCUCCCAGAGCACAAGGGAAGGCAGCUGUCCUGGGGAUGUCCUGGGCACCUGUCAGUGCCUUCAGCCCACCUGGGGGAGCCUGGGGUUCUGGGGUGGGGAUGAGUUCCUCAAGCACAAUGUUCUCUGGGUGGAACCAAAGAAGGGGAGGUGCCAGGCACCCCAGAAGCACAAGUGGGGUCCCACAGCCACGGCCACAGAGGAACAGGGCGGAGGAGGGUCACUUGGCUUUGUUCCUGUCGGGCUGAGCACAGCACAGGACAGAGAUGGGCUGUAGGUCCUGCCGAGCAGGUGGGGCUUUUUGCUGUCUCCAACCGUGGAGCUGUUUUAGAAGAUAAGGUUGGGGGUGGGAGGAAGAUGUGGGGGAAGGAACGCCACCUGGUACUUGGAUACCUUGUCCCCUCUUUGUUCUGAAAUCCCAUCCCCCUCUGCUUUGGGGGAAUGCAUCGUUUUUUUCCUUUUCCUUCUCACUUUUGCAUGUUUUUACUGAUCAUCCGAUACGCUAACCGUUCUGAGCCCUGAGCCUGGAAGAGGCGGGCCGACGCCUCCAGUCAGACUUAGGUGCUUCCUGGAGAUGAAACUCUUAAAACGCUUUGUAUAUUUUCUCAACUAGAUCUCUUUUCAGAAGUGUCUGUAGAAUAAUAAAAAUCUUUGACUUCUGA